AUGCAGAACAGACAGAAAAGCAGGUGUCCUCCCUCCUUACCCAUCAACAGCUCCUGCAGAGAUAAGAGUAUGCUCAUCCUGAAGCAGCACCACAGCCUCAGGUCGGGCAAACUCGGGGAGCAGUGCGAAGCCGUCGUUCGUUUUCCCAGGCUCUUCCAGAAAUAUCCUUUCCCUAUUCUCAUUAAUUCGGCUUUCCUAAAGCUGGCUGAUGUUUUCAGAGUGGGAAACAACUUCCUGAGGCUGUGUGUGCUGAAAGUUACUCAGCAAAGUGAGAAGCACUUGGAGAAGAUCCUAAAUGUGGAUGAGUUUGUGAAAAGAGUUUUCUCAGUAAUUCAUAGCAAUGAUCCGGUUGCUCGAGCUAUUACACUCCGGAUGUUGGGCAGCAUGGCAUCUAUUAUUCCAGAAAGGAAGAAUGCACAUCACAGUAUUCGUCAGAGUUUGGAUUCCCAUGAUAAUGUGGAAGUUGAAGCUGCUAUAUUUGCUGCUGCCAACUUUUCUGCACAAUCAAAGGAUUUUGCUGCAGGAAUAUGUAAUAAAAUCAGUGAGAUGAUUCAAGGUUUAGCCACACCUGUGGACUUGAAAUUGAAGUUGAUCCCUAUUCUCCAGCACAUGCAUCAUGAUGCUAGCCUGGCCUCCAGCUCCCGGCAGCUGCUUCAGCAGUUGGUAACGUCGUAUCCCUCUACCAAGAUGGUCAUUGUUACUCUGCACACCUUUACUCUGCUUGCUGCUUCUUCUUUGGUUGACAUUCCUAAACAGAUCCAGCUUUUGUUGCAGUACUUGAAGAAUGACCCCAGGAAGGCUGUGAAGAGGCUUGCAAUCCAAGAUUUAAAGUUGUUGGCCAACAAGACACCACAUACAUGGAGCAGAGAAAAUAUUCAGGCACUCUGUGAAUCUGCUCUUCAGACUCCUUAUGACAGCUUGAAGUUGGGCAUGCUAUCUGUUCUUUCGACGUUAUCAGGGACCAUUGCCAUUAAACAGUACUUCAGCAGUGCUCCAGGAACAGCAGCUACAACGGUGAGAUCAUUUGAUUUAGUCAAACUAGCACAGGAGUGCUGUUACCAUAAUAACCGUGGCAUUGCAGCUCAUGGUGUGAGAAUUCUGACUAAUAUAUCAGCCUCUUGUCAGGAAAAAGAUCUUCUGCCUUUGGAGCAAGAUGCAGUGUUUGGCUUAGAAUCUCUUCUUGUUCUUUGUAGUCAAGAUGACAGUCCAGGAGCUCAGGCAACCUUAAAGAUCACAUUAACUUGUAUGGUGAAGCUGGUCAAGUGCCGUCCUCAUCUGAGCCAGUCAGUAGUUGAAUCCCUGCUGACCCAGUUGCACAGUGCCCAGGACGCUGCUAGGAUUCUCAUGUGCCACUGUUUAGCAGCUAUUGCCAUGCAGCUGCCUGUCUUAGCAGAUGGGAUGCUAGGGGACCUAAUGGACCUCUAUAAAUUAAUUGGACGAUCUACCACAGAUAAAAAACAGGAACUCUUGGUUUCUCUUGCCACAGUGAUAUUUGUUUCCAGUCAGAAAGCUUUAUCUUCAGAAAUCAAAACUGUUAUCAAACAGCAACUUGAGAACGCCUCCAAUGGAUGGACAGCCUACAGGAUAGCCAGGCAGGCUUCCAGAAUGGGCAACCAUGACAUGGCCAGAGAACUGUAUCAAAGCCUGCUGACUCAGGUGGCUUCAGAACACUUCUACUUCUGGCUGAACAGCUUGAAGGAGUUCUCCCAUGCAGAACAGUGUCUGACAGGUUUGCAGGAGGACAACUAUAGCUCAGCACUUUCUUGCAUUGCUGAAGCUUUAAAAUCCUAUCACAAAGGAAUAGCGUCACUGACGGCUGCUAGUACGCCACUUAAUCCUCUGAGCUUUCAGUGUGGAUUUGUGAAACUCAGGAUUGACCUUCUGCAAGCUUUUUCUCAACUUAUUUGUACCUGCAACAGCCUAAAAACAAGUCCACCACCAGCUAUUGCCACAACGAUUGCUAUGACAUCAGGAAAUGAUCUCCAAAGGUGUGGGCGCAUCUCUAACCAGAUGAAACACUCAAUGGAAGAAUUCCGAAACCUGGCUACACGGUAUGGAGAUCUAUAUCAGUCAUCUUUUGAUGCAGACUCAGCAACUCUAAGGAAUGUAGAACUACAACAGCAGAGCUGCCUGUUGAUUUCACAUGCGAUAGAAGCUCUGAUUUUGGAUCCAGAAUCUGCAAGUUUCCAGGAAUAUAGCUCAAAUGGAACAGCACAUGUUGAGAGUGAAUAUGAAAGAAGAAUGAUGUCUGUAUUUAAUCAUGUACUGGAAGAAGUGGAAUCCCUCAACAGGAAGUAUGCUCCUGUGUCUUACUUGCAUACAGCUUGUCUGUGCAAUGCUGUCAUUGCGUUGUUGAAGGUACCCCUUUCAUUUCAAAGAUACUUUUUUCAAAAGCUGCAGUCUACAAGCAUUAAGCUUGCUCUAUCCCCAUCUCCGAGGAAUCCAGCAGAACCUAUUGCAGUACAGAACAAUCAACAGUUGGCCCUAAAGGUGGAAGGAGUGGUUCAGCAUGGAUCUAAACCAGGCCUUUUCCGUAAAAUCCAAUCCGUCUGUCUAAAUGUCUCUUCAGUGUUGCAGAGCAAAGCUGGACAAGACUAUAAGAUUCCUAUUGACAACAUGACCAAUGAAAUGGAGCAGAGGGUGGAACCGCACAACGACUACUUCAGCACUCAGUUUCUGUUAAACUUUGUAAUACUUGGCACCCACAACAUCACAGUAGAGUCCUCUGUAAUAGAUUCAAAUGGUAUUACCUGGAAAACUGGGCCUAAAACAACUAUUUUUGUUAAAUCUCUUGAGGAUCCAUACUCCCAGCAGGUUCGUCUUCAGCAACAGCAAGGACAGCCACCAUCACAACAGCAACAGCAAAGAACAGCUUACUCACGGUUUUAAUUCCCAGAAGUGACUCUAUCCUAGUCAAUGGUAUUACAGUUUUUCUUGGACACUUUUUUUGAAAGACGUACAAUUUUAACCUUCUAGAAAGUCUCGGGUGCCAAUUCCUUGCUUUUUAAAUUAUCUGGGGUAAAUUUGAACUUGAAUCAGCGGAGGCAGCUAUUCAAAUUUGGAGUUGUGCUUUUAAUAUAAGAACUUCUACCUGAUCUCUUUGCUUCUGUUCACAAACCUGUUGCAGCCAGGUCCGCAAACUUUGAUAGCAGGGGACACUAAGAGCUCUUUGACUAGUACUUUCUGUACUUAGGCUUAUAGGACAUUGGUAAACGCUUUGGUUAUUUAUACAGAACUGAGUGAAACACAGAGUCUGUACCUUUUAAUGUGAAGGAAUUAACAGGAAUAUCCAGAGGUGAUUUUUUUUUCUGACACUUCUGGUAUCUGGCUGGUAUAUGUAUAUUAUUACAAUUCAUCAGCACUACUUAAUGCAUACAUCUGAAAGAAAAUAAGUUGCAGCUCACUUCUCAUACCCAGUCAUUGUAGAGGGACGAGACUGCUUGAGGGGUUGCUGUCCGGGGAGUUUUCCAAGAGGCAGAAUUGUACAGGUGGGAACAUAACUGUUUCUCAGAUAAUAUGGAAAAGAUUACUAUGUUGGUUUUAAUUCUUCAUGUAUUUGUAUUUCGGAAGGCUUUGGUUUUGUUGGGUUUUUUGUUUGUUCUUUUAAGAGGGAAGUUAUCAUUAUAUUUUAACUGCUUUUUUUUAAAAAAAUAAUUUUGUAUACCAAAGCUUUAUAGUCUUGUGUACUCUUCGACUAAUUUAGUAAUCUUGUUACUUUUGCAGGAUAACUGGAAGUAGAAUUUUGAUAAUAUUAGGAAUUGAUUCAGAAUAAUUUUGGAAAUAUGCUGCUUCAUUCAUAGUUUUCAUGCUUCCUUUGAGAUACAAAAGGCCGACCUCUGCCUGUGUCUGGACUCCCAGGCAAUAGAUCACAUAACAUGUCCUUCACCUUGUUCUCAUAAAUAAUCUCUGCUUAUCACUCUGCAGGAAAGUAGGACCCACUUGAAUGUGGAGGAGGAAGGAUGGCAUUUCUUACAGAAUUCAGUUUGUAAAUGGUUUAAUCCCUCUCAUUGGUGCAGAAAUUUUCACUGUUGUUUUCUCAGUAAAUUCCUAAGAUACUGUUAUUUCAAGUUUAUUUCACUGUAGAAGCUGACUAGAGCUUGCAGACUCUGCUUGCUUUGUAUGUAGAGAAUAUGAUAAUGAAUUGUUGUAAGCCUAGGUUUCUUUGGCAUAGCUGGAUGAAGAAUUGUUUUCUCUCUGUUUUCUCGUAAUAGUUGCUUAAGAAAUCAACUUUCUUCCUCUUGGCUUGAGACUAACAACAAAAAAAGGAGGUGGUGGUCAUAGAUUUCGUAAUAUCUUGAUCAGGUUAUAAGCCUAAGCAGAAAAGAUAAUUGGGAUGCAAAGUGGAAAUAAGACUCACAAAAUUGGUGAAAAAUUCACCAGCAUCCUUCUCAAAUUUGAUUUUUUUAUUUUCUGCAGGAGGCAGAAGCUGCUGCUGCCCUUCAAGCUGGCUGAGGAAAGUGGUAGUUUCUGUCCACACUUUUAUAGUUAGAUACUUGCAGUUUUGUGUGUGUAUAUACACACAGCUAUGUAUGCAUGCAUGUGUACAUCUACCUAUAACUACAUAUAGUUAUAUGGUCCAGAAAGAGAUGAUUCAUCUAGUGUUGUGCAUGCAGUCUAUCAGAUUGAAGUUUUUCACUAUUUGUGGUUGGCUGGGGUUUUUCAUUAAAGUCGUAGAUCUUAACCAUAAAACCCUCCUUACUGUAAUGCAGAAAAUUAAAAAAGACUAGGAGGUCAAACAUUUUUUUUUUUUAUCCUGCAUAAUGAAUGUGUGUUUCUUGCUCUGUUAUUGACCAGUAUGUUGCUGGAAACCUGUAAUGGUGGCAUUCCAAAAUAACUCAGAAAUAAAACAAGAUUUCCACACUGGGGAGUAGACUUUUCUCAUAAGUCACAUGAUGU